CCUCCUGGUAAUGACAGGGCGACGGGUCCGGGUUCCUCCUUUUUUUUUAUGGCUUUUAUUUGCGCAAUUGCGCACCAACAGCGAUGGCGAUCCUCCUGGGAGACAAGUUCCCAGACUUCGAGGCUGACACGACCGAGGGAAGGAUACACUUUUACGACUGGUUGGGGAGCUCAUGGGGUAUUAUAUUCUCUCACCCGGCAGACUACACUCCGGUCUGUACCACUGAACUGGGCCGAGCAGCGAAGAUGAGUAAGGAGUUUGAGAAACGCAAUGUGAAAAUGAUCGCUCUGUCAGUUAACAGUGUUGAGGAUCACAUUAACUGGACCAAGGAUAUCAAGUUCUACAAUAAGUCAAUGCCAGAGAAGCUGCCAUUCCCCAUCAUUGCUGAUGAGAGGAGAAACUUAGCUGUAAAAUUCGGAAUGCUUGAUCCUGAUUCAAAAGACAAGGCGGGGCUACCAAUGACUGUUCGGGCUGUGUUUAUAAUUGGCCCUGAUAAGAGGCUGAAACUCUCUAUCCUUUACCCGGCCACCACUGGUAGGAACUUUGAUGAGAUGCUGAGAGUCGUUCACUCCUUGCAGCUGACUGUUACGAAGAAAGUUGCAACACCUGUAGACUGGAAGCUUGGUGACCAGUGCAUGGUUCUCCCCCAUAUACCCGAAGAGCAAGCUACCAAAAUGUUUCCUAAAGGAGUUUCCACCAUGAAGCUGCCAUCGGGCAAAAACUACAUGCGUUUCACAUAUAUUUAAAUUCAGGUGUAAAACAGGCUGUUGUAUUGGAAUUCAAAAGUAAAACAUGUGCCUGGAAGAUCCAAUGGAGGACACGUCGCAGGUUAAAAGCCCAAAAAGGAAUAGCAGUGAGCGGAGAACUUUUCAAGAUGAGUGGGAAGUGCUUUCAUUUUAUUUGAGAGGUAUCGCACAACAGCAUCCUGUAAAGAACACUUGCAUUCAGAUUUAACCCAGCUCAGAUUUUGUGCCUGUCAUCGGCUACAGUUUGCGAAUCAUGGAACAAUUUAGAUAAGACAAACUUCAACUUGCAUGUAUUGCAAUUAGAGAUUGAUUGAUUGCCUUAUUUUAUAAGGUGCUUUACAAUAAAGCAAUAUAACUUUUAAAGUUUUAAA